GAAGAGUUUCAAAGCUUCACAGCACGUCCUCCUUCUCCCUCACUCUUUCUCUUUCUCCGCCUUUCCGCAUUUGCCUCUGCCUUUUUCUCCCACUCUUUCUUUUCUCCCAAGGCUUAAAAAACAAUUUCCGGUAAUUACCAAUCCAAAUUAUGACGCAAUAAUUCUGUUGACGUCCCUCACUUCCGCAGCUACAUUGCUUCUUAAUUCGUUGAAUCUUAGCUCUUAAGGUUUUUUUAUUUUAUCUUUUCCUGCUAAAAUAUUCCCAGAUAAACAAAUCACUACCUUUUCCAGAAAGCUCUCUGCAUUUCUUCCGCAUUAUUUAUUUCAAUAAUCUCCAUUGAUUUCACUCAGCGUUUGCUUAGUUAUUAUUUCACCUCUCCACUUUCUCUUUUUCAGAUUGGAAGAUGAUUUGUUAGUGAUUGGAUAGAGAAAAGGAGAAUUGAGAAGUAUUCCAAAACUUGGGAUCAAUGGGAAGGAAGAGAUCUGUUUUGGAGCACAAGAACUUGAAGAUCUAUGCUGCGGUUUCAGUGGGGUUGCUUUUGAUCUACUUUGCUCAAGUUUCUCUUGGAGCAACUAGUUCUACUGAUGUUGCUGCAAUUAACAACUUACACGCUGCGCUUGGCACGCCUGUGCUUCCCAGGUGGACUUCUGCUGGAGGAGACCCGUGUGGUGAAGCAUGGCAAGGUGUUCAAUGCAACGAUUCUGUAAUAUUGGAAAUAGUUCUUAAUGGCGCUAAUUUGGGAGGAGAACUGGGUGAAAAGUUGGGAAUGUUUGCUUCAAUACGGGUUAUAAAUCUAAGCAACAAUCAUAUCGGAGGAAGUAUUCCAUCCAAUUUACCUGCCACCCUGCGAAGCUUUUUUCUUUCAGGUAACCAAUUCACCGGAAGCAUCCCAGAUUCUGUAGCCUCGUUAACUGUGCUCACAGCAAUGUCUCUUAAUAAUAAUCAAUUAACCGGAGAAAUACCAGAUUCCUUCCAAGGCAUUCCAGGGUUGACCAACUUAGAUUUUUCCAGUAACAAUUUGAGCGGCCAACUGCCACCCUCUCUAAGAAACCUAAUAACCCUGACCACUCUCAGACAUUUGCAGAACAAUCAGCUGUCUGGAACCAUCGACGUUUUGCAGGAUCUUCCCCUGAGUGACUUGAAUAUAGAGAACAACCUUUUUGCUGGACCCAUACCUGAAAAGUUGCUCAGCAUCCCGAAUUUCAAAAAAGAUGGGAAUCUAUUCAAUUCUUCUCUUGCUCCAGUCGCUCCACCAACAUCCCCGUUGACUCCACCCACAUCCACAUCGAGUCCGCCAGCAGCUCCACUGCCAUUUUGGGGACCACCUACUGGGAAAACACCUGGCAGAAGUCCUCCAAAAAAUGGGACGGUUGAUGGACCAUCUUCACAAGAUACAUCAAAUUCUGGAAGGCCGAAGAAAUUUCUAACUAAGAAAAGGGUGGUUGGAAUAUCAAUUGGAGGGGCUUUCGUGUUUAUUAUUUUUAUACUAGCGAUUCUGUUUUUUAUGCCAAGACGUAGUAGACGAAGAGAAGAGGCUGACGGAAUUUCCAAUCGGCAUCAAAUAGGUGCAUAUACUGGUGACAGGGAAAAUCCUCCCGGGGACAAUGGGUCCUUGGUGGUUCUACCGACCAAUCAAAUACAGAAGGUUCCAAAAGAAGCAGUUGUGAGGCCGAAAGAGGAUGAUGAAUCAGAAACCAGAAGAACAUGGGCAAUUCCAAAGCCAAAUGAUGAGCAAGAUAGAAAGGUACAUAAAAUGGCUGCAGCACCAAAGCGAGAGGAUAGUUUGAGUGCACUUGAUUUGUAUUCGAUGCCUGCUCCUCCUCCUCCACCUCUCCCUCCUCCACCACCGCCUGUUCCGAAGGUCAUUGUGAAGCCAAUUGUGCCUACGGAACUGCCUACGCAGAAGCCUGCCACCAAAAGUCCAAACCGUACAAUUUCUGCAAAGCCGUUUACCAUUGCUUCCCUUCAGCAACAUACAAACAGCUUUUCUCCGGAUAACCUUCUAGGAUCAGGCAUGCUGGGAAGUGUCUAUAGGGCACAGCUACCUAGCGGAAAGCUACUUGCAGUCAAGAAAUUGGACAAAAGAGCUUCUAGUCAGCAGAAAGAUGACGAGUUUCUUGACCUGGUAAACAGCAUUGACAGAAUCCGGCAUGCUAAUGCUGUCGAGCUUAUGGGUUACUGUGCAGAGCAUGGUCAAAGGCUUCUUAUCUACGAGUAUUGCAGUAAUGGUUCACUGCAUGAUGCUCUGCACAUAGAUGAUGAAUUCAAGAAGAAACUCUCGUGGAAUACUCGUAUUAGAAUGGCACUUGAAGCUGCAAGAGCCUUAGAGUAUUUACAUGAAGUCUGUCAGCCACCUAUUGUACACAGAAAUUUCAAGGCUGCCAACCUUCUCCUUGAUGAUGACCUUUCCGUGCGCGUUUCUGACUGUGGCUUGGCUCCCUUGAUAUCAUUGGGAUCUGUGAGUCAGUUGUCAGGACAGCUUCUAUCGGCCUAUGGUUAUGGAGCUCCAGAAUUUGAGUCAGGAAUUUAUACUCAUCAGAGUGAUGUUUACAGCUUUGGGGUGGUAAUGUUGGAACUAUUAACUGGCCGGAAGUCCCAUGACAGCACAAGGAACCGAGGGGAGCAAUUCCUGGUUAGAUGGGCCACUACCCAGCUUCAUGACAUUGAUGCACUAUCGAGGAUGGUUGAUCCUUCUCUAAAUGGACAAUAUCCUACAAAGUCUUUAUCGCAUUUUGCAGACAUUAUAUCUCGAUGCAUUCAGUCGGAGCCAGAGUUCAGGCCACCAAUGUCUGGAGUUGUCCAAGACCUAUUAGACAUGAUACGGCGAGAGCCUAAUGGCAGUGGAUCAAGUGAAGACUCACUCUCAUGAAAAAAGACCUAAUGACCACACUGUUAAUGAUGGGGAUGCACUAGUUGCGGCUACUACUAAGAAGAGACAUCCGCGUAAACAUGCAGCAGAUGAUUGCCGGAACUGUCACCACCAACGUUUGCAUCACAAGCGUUUCCAGAAAACUCACUGCAAUCAACCAGACAAAGGUUCUGGAUGUGAAUAGCCCUACAGUCCGAUUUUAGUGUUCGAUAUUUUGUGGUCAUUCUAUUAUUAUUUUAACUCGUGCAACGUCGUCUGUCCUGAAAAAUUAGCUAACCAAUUGUUUGGCAAUUUGUCACUAGAAAUUCUUGAUAGUGAAUGAUUUUCGGCUUGUGUA